ACUAUUUUUUUUUUUUGGAGCAUUAAUAAACUUCCCAACCUCAUUUUCUCUGAACCAUCCAUGUUCCAUCAAUGGCUACCGAAGACAACGAAGUCGCAGACCACCGUCCUCUCGUCCUUAUACACAGCCUCCCUUCAUUCAAACUUCCACUACAAGACCGCUUGAUCACCCACUUCCGCCUUUUCGACUCGCUGGCCUCGCCCGAGGCCUCCUCCGUACGCGCUCUCAUCUGCGUCGGCCCCACGCCCGUCACCGCCGACACCCUCGACCACCUCCCUUCUCUGCGACUUGUCGUUGGCUCCAGCGCCGGCCUUGAUCACGUCGACCUCGCCGAGUGCCACCGUCGUGGCAUUGCCGUCACCAAUUCCGGCGACGCUUACUCUGAGAACGUGGCCGAUUACGCCGUCGCGCUUUUGCUCGAUGUUCUGCGCCGAGUUUCCUCUGCUGACCGAUUUGUUCGCUCUGGUUUGUGGCCUCAAAUGGGAGAGUACCCACUUGGCCGUAAGUUAGGGGGGAAACGAAUUGGUAUUGUGGGGCUGGGAAGUAUUGGCUCUGAAGUUGCAAAAAGGCUUGUGGCAUUUGGCUGCGCAGUUGCAUACAACUCGAGGAACAAGAAGCCAUCUGUACUAUAUCCUUACUAUGCCAAUGUCCAUGACCUUGCUGUUAACAGUGAUUUUCUUAUUGUUUGCUGUGCGCUGACGAAUGAAACUCACCAUAUAAUCAACAAAGAUGUUUUGACAGCAUUGGGAAGGGAAGGGGUUAUAAUUAAUGUUGGUCGCGGUGCUCUUGUAGAUGAGAAAGAAUUGGUGCAAUUUUUGGUCCAAGGGGAGAUUGGUGGUGCAGGUCUUGAUGUGUUUGAGAACGAGCCUAAUGUCCCAAAAGAGCUUUUUGCCCUGGACAAUGUUGUGUUGUCUCCACAUCUUGCUGUUUUAACUCCAGAAUCCUUCGAAGCCUUGAACGAGGUGAUUAUAGCAAACUUGAAGGCUUUCUUUUCAAAUAAGCCUUUAUUGUCGCCUUUCCAGCAGGAAUGAAGUAGUAAUAUGCACACAGGGUUGUAUAAUUGGAAGGUUUCCAUUUGUAUGAUUGGUGUAUUAUUUUUUUCAAAUAAGCCUUUGUUGUGGCCUUUCCAGCAUGAAUGAAGUAAUAAUAUUCACAUUUGGGUGUAUGAUUGGAAGGUUUCCAUCUAUAUAAGAUUAUUAGAUUAAAGACUCUUUAGAGGUCAAAUUCAACAGCAUGGUGAAUAUUAAUGUAUGUAAAUCCUUAUAAGGCAAAGAAAUUGAAGAUGAACUUGGAGCUUUUUA